UUUGUGGCUCAUUAUGGUGCCCCCAGCUUUCCACAGAUGCCAAAAGCCGUCCUUUUAUUUCUCGACUCUCAAACACCAAACUAAAUCUAUGUCACACUAUUAACACUCUAGAACAUUCCCUCUCUCCCCUGAAUUAUUUAUAUAUUUGAAUCAGAUUUAGAGUUAGAGAGACAGUGCUGAAUAGUUUUGAGUCUCUGACAUUUUGUCUUUUGAAGUUGCGCCCUACCUCGUAUUCUCCGCUCAAACCAAAACCGGGCCAACAUGUCAACCAUGACAUCUGUGAAACUUCCCUCCCAUUGCAUGUUCAGAAAUGCACCUCAGAACCGUUUCAACAGUGCUAUUAUCAAAUGCCCAUCCUCUCUUGGACCUGUAAAGAGUAUCUCCAAAGCAUUUGGCCUGAAAGCAUCCCCUUCUUUCAGAGUAUCUGCAAUGGCAGUAUACAAGAUCAAACUUGUAGGACCAGAUGGUGAAGAAAAUGAGUUUGAGGCCCCUGAUGAUGCUUACAUCCUAGAUUCAGCUGAGAAUGCAGGAGUUGAGCUGCCUUAUUCAUGCAGGGCUGGGGCUUGCUCUACCUGUGCUGGGAAGAUGGUGACAGGCUCAGUAGACCAAUCUGAUGGUUCAUUCCUUGAUGAAAAUCAAAUGAAGGAAGGUUUUGUGCUGACUUGUGUCGCGUACCCAACUGCAGACUGUGUGAUUCACACACACAAGGAAGGUGAUCUUUACUGAGUGGUUGUGAUUGUUAGAAUAGGUUUUUGAAAAUCUUAUUGUCUAAAAUGGUUAUGAUAACCGGAUGUUCAUGUAUCCCUUGGACCUCUGGAUCUUUGAGUGUUUGUCAUCUCUUUGUUGGAAUGCCAUUUAAUUUGAUUUUAGUUAUAAUAGCAUUGGAUACAUCAAUUUUUAA